AUGGCCGCAACCACGCAAUUGAGCAGCGCACCUGACAGGCUGGCGUCGUCACGCCGCCGGUCGCAGCGCCUGAGCACAGGCAAGACCAGCACAUACUUUGAGGAUGACGUAAGCGAUUCCGUCGAAGAACAAGAACCGCCGCGAAAGGUCGCAAAGACGAAGCGCGGCAGUGCAGGGAAGAAGGCGUCUCCGAAUCGCGACGGACAUGCAAAGAAGCAGCGUGGCGACUCCGCAGGGAGGAAGCGGGCAGUUGCCAACUCUACGGAUGACGAGGACUUCCUGGAAGGAUCCGAGGACGAGGCGGAGGAUCAGGACGACUAUGACGACGACGAGUCUGACGAGAGCUCAAGCAAUGCGGCUCGCACCGCAAGCAAGCAGUCGCCCAAGAUCAAAAAGCGAGGAAGACCAGGUGCGGGAAAGGCUCAAGUCAAGGCACCGGUGAAAGCAGGCAGAGUUGAUCGUGGCGAGGGUGAGGACGAGGACGAAGACGAGGACGAUGAGGAGUCGAGGGUCACUUUCAUACCACUUCCAAAGCUGAGAGAUACCGGCGGCAUCGACUAUGAGCCGGAACGUAUUCACCCCAACACUCUCUUGUUCUUGAAGGACCUCAAAGCCAACAACAAACGUAGCUGGCUCAAGCUACAUGACGAGGAGUAUCGACGGUCGCUCAAGGACUGGGAGUCAUUCGUGGAGAGCAUAACAGAGAAGAUCACCGAGGCCGACGAGACUGUCCCUGAGCUACCUCUGAAGGACGUGAUCUUCAGGAUCUACCGGGAUGUGCGGUUUAGCAAGGAUCCAACUCCAUACAAACCACACUAUUCUGCUGCAUGGUCACGGACUGGGCGUAAAGGUCCAUACGCCUGUUACUACAUCCAUGUGGAACCACAGAAGUGCUUCAUCGGAGGUGGCCUGUGGUGUCCAGACAAGGACGCCCUCGCGAGGCUGCGUGCCAGCGUAGACGAACGUCCACACCGCAUUCGCCGCAUCUUGAUGGACCCGGCUUUCCGCGACAAUUUCUUGGCCGAGGCCGCGAAAUAUGAAAGCCUCCAGAACAAAAAGAACAAGAAAGGUGGAAAGAGCAAUGCAACUCGCGACGAAGUCGAAAUCGACGAGGCCGCUGCCGUCAUCCGAGCUUUUGCUGAAGCGAACAAGGAAAGCGCACUCAAGACGAGACCAAAGGGCGUCGAUCCCGAGCACCGCGAUAUCGAGCUCCUCAAGCUCAAGAACUACACGGUGGGCAAGAAGUUCUCGGACCACGACUUUACCGCGCCAGAUGCACAGGAACGAAUCAUGGAGUCCAUACGCGCUCUGGUCGGAUUUGUGACGUUCUUGAACAGCGUGGUCAUGCCGGAUCCUGGGGAUGACAGUGACUCGGAGGAUGACGAAUAA